AUGAUGAUGGAAGGGUUGGUGACGAUACCUGGAAAUGUCAUUACGGCAUUGUCCAAAACACAUCCACUAUACCAAAAUGAUAAAGCAAUUCUGUCUGAUGAAGCAGCGGAGUUGAUAGCAACCACUGUCGAAUUUAGACUCAAGCAGGUAUUAGACGUGGCAAGGAAGCUGCUGAAUAAUUCAAUGAGGCCAAUCAACUCUAGUGUUCUAACAGCUCAAGAUAUUAGGAAUUCUUUGAGAUCACUUAAUAUGCCAGAACUGGAUGGAUAUAGUAAUAGCUUCGAAUACAGAUAUGUGUGGGCAACAAAGUUAUUUAAAGGAGAUAGAGUGAUAAAGAGGGAGUCCUCGUAUAGGACCUUAAUGGGAGAUAAAAGUUGGGGCCGUUGUAGAAUAUCUCAAAUUAUUAAGCAAGAUUUACAGAAACCCGUUCCAUCUCCCUCAGGACUCACAGUUAACUGGUCAGCGGUGGCAGGAAUGGUCCCUCUAAUGGCAACAGGAAUGGUUGAAGAUGUUACAACAGCAUUUUUAAAAACAACAUCAAAUUUAGAAAUCAGAGAUAAAAUCAGGGAAAUAACAUUUUUAGAUUAUACGGAAACGGAAGAAAAAUUGGAUAACCUGACCGCGUUGGCAAGGGACAUUAAACCUCUGGAAUCAGAUUUAACUCCCCAAUUGGGAGGUGAUUUCCUAGAUAGGGCACUUUUGGAUGCAAUAAAUAAACAAAUAAUAAAUGAAAAGAAUUUAGCCAGAACACAAAAAUUCGUUAUACCGAAAAUAGAUUAUAUUUUAACAAAGGAACAUCGAUUCUUCCUAAAGGAAAUAAAGAAUAUGCUAAAGAGAGCAUCAUUUUCCCAGGAACCAGACAUACAAAUCCAAUACAAAAAAGUGGUUGAAAUUUUGAGAAAUUCACUUGGACUGGACCAGCUUCUCCCGGAAUUGUGUCACCUGUUUAUAAAUGAGAUUAACCGAAUCAAUUCAAACCAGCCCUCAUUUAACAUCCAUAUUCUCCUGCAAUAUGUUGAGGCCCUAACAAGCAACCAGAAUAUACAAAUACACCACUAUGUACAUCAACUGUUAAUUCCACUUUUACAAGUGUUGUUGUCAUGCGAAAUGGAUACAAAUCCUAUACAAAUAUAUAGAUCGCUAUUGUUACGCAAAUUAUCCUCACAGUGUAUAAGUAAUAUAAGUUUUAGUCUAAAGAAAAAUAAUAACGGACUAGAAAGCAUAGAUGAUUAUUUAAUGAAUUUAUAUAAAAACGAACUCACAAAUGAAAAUUGUACCCUCCCUGUUUUAUAUGGUGCCCUAUGCGGCAUAUCGAAAUUACCUCUUGUUGCCAAGAGAGUUGUGUUUUACCCUCUUGUGCCCCUGAUUCUAGCCGUCGUUAUAAAGAAACAAAAUAAACUCAAGGCUUUUUGGCAAAAUAGACAAAAGCAAAAAUUAAAGAAUUUCAAACAGAUAUUAUUGCACGAGAUACUACACCUAUUACUUGAAAUUAUCUACGACUGUUCAUUUGAAGAUGUGCUAUCUACAUUAGAAGAAACAGGACAAUUGCUGGCUACGUCAUAUGAAGCUAAUACCAUGGUUAACGAGAUAUUGAUGGGAUCAGUAAACUCGAGCAUUAACCCGGAAUUGAUACUCCAGGUUUACGCAGCAAUGUUAAAUAAGUGUUACACACUGUUGGGCUCACUAAAGAAAGAUAGACGAUUUAAGAGAAAGUAUUCUCAAAUUUCAGACUCAAGUGUUUCGAAUACUCAAAACAGUUGUAAUGAACCUCCGCAUGAAGUGGUGAACAUUAAAAAUUACCAUAACUUACUCAAAAGGGCAAAUCCAGACACGGAUGAUGAGCUUGAUUCCCCAGAUACUCAAGACGCGACGGGUGCAAGUAGUAAACUGUUUGAUGGUAGAAAAGUGUGGUAUAACUUACACAGUAUACAUGCUCUAACUUUAACGAUUUAAAUUUAAUACCCC